GCAAACACACACACAAUGAGUGCUGCGCGCGUCUCGGCGUCCUGGUGACUGAUCGGCGCUGUCAAACGUAGACAACAAGAGAUUGUCUGUCGUCGUAUCUCUGAGGAAAACACGUAUUAUGGCUCGCGGCUUAACUCAGCUGUUAUGAACAGAACACAGAAACGAAGAGACUUGAAAAGACUCGAUCAGAAAGCGCUUUGAAGAAAAUGUCAAAUUGGGACCGAAACAAGAAGAUCCUCCUGGAUUUGGUCAAAGAGCCCGGGAACGACCGAUGCGCCGAUUGCGGAGCUCCGGACCCUGACUGGGCCUCCUGCAGCCUGGGAAUCUUUGUGUGUUUGGACUGUUCUGGACCUCACCGCAGCCUGCCCGCUGCCAGCCGCAUCAAGUCCAUACGGCUGGAUUUCUGGGACGACGAGCUGGUAGAGUUCAUGAAGGCCAAUGGGAAUGCCAAUGCUAGAGCUUUCUAUGAGAGGUCCGUCCCCAGCUUCUACUAUCGUCCACAGCAAUGGGACAGCGCAGUCCUAAGGGAACAGUGGAUAAGAGCGAAGUAUGAGAGGCUGGAGUUCACAGGGGAUAACAUACAUCUCCAGAAGGCCUAUUCCGGAGGAGCCUAUCAAGGGAUACUUUGGAAGAAGGGCAAAGACAAGGGACAGUUUCAGAAAAGGAAAUUCGUUCUUUCUGAUGUGGAUUUCACUCUGAAAUACUUCAACAAAGAAGAUACCAAAGGGCCCAAAGCAGUCAUUUUCAUAAAGACGCUGAAUGCCAUCUUUCAGCCGGAGAAGAUUGGACACCCACAUGGACUUCAGAUCACGUUUUUAGAGGAGGGACGCACCCGGAACCUGUUUGUGUACCAUGAAAGUGGUCAGGAAAUUGUGAACUGGUUCAAUGCCAUUCGCGCCACCCGACUUGCCUACUUGAAGACGGCCUUUCCCACAGCCAGUGACAGCGAACUGAUUCCAUGGAUAACCAGAAAUUACACGAAAGAAGGUUAUAUGGAGAAGACUGGACCCAUGCAACGUGAAGCCUUCAGAAAAAGAUGGUUUGUGCUGGACUCCCAAGAGAGGAAGCUGCUCUACUUCAAAACCCAACUGGAUGCAGUUGAGCUGGGAGCAGUGUUCAUUGGCCCUGAGGACAUGGGUUACUCUGUGACAGAGAGGCAACCUAGGGGCACCAGGGGGAACAAGUGGAAGUUUGGGAUGAUGGUGGAGACUCCCGAGCGGCAGUUCAUCUUCAUGUGUGAGCAGGAGCGGGAGCAGAAGGAGUGGCUAGAAGCUAUCGGACAUGUUAUCUCGAAACCUAUGCUGCCGCAGGACUAUGCCACUGAAGCUAAUUUGCGUCGAAAGAGAUGAAUACCAACAUAUGGAGAUCAGGGUCACUCUCCUGCUCAAGAAGGAAGAUGUAUGGACUAGCGUUUGGGCCCGAAUGCUCUGGAGUGAUCCCUAUGGACCUGUGUGCACUCUUCUGGGUCUAAACACACUGCAUAGACAAUAUACUUUUUUGGUUCCCAUUGUGUCAUUACACCUGUAAG